UUCUAUCUAACCAACAAUAUUCCAAGUGGUCUUAAGAAUGUUCACACACUUACAACCUUCGAACAACUAAGAUCUGCCGUUACAAAUGAUACAGGAUCUGACAAGCUGUAUUUAAAUAAAAAAGAAUAUUUUGAUAAUGAUGGUAUUGUAAAAUUUCAAAUUAGAGGAAAGUGGAUGGCUGUGAUAUCUGAUCCAGUCCUUGCAAAAGACAUCUUCUUACGAAUUGAGGCCUUUCCCAAGCUUUUAGUUCAAGAAUAUUUACCGGAUACUGCACUUUCACAUCAUUAUGGUAUUAAUAUUGUUCAUUCUAACGGUGAUGUUUGGAAACGACAGAGGCGUAUAUGUAAUCUCGCAUUUAAGGUCUUACCAGUACAUUUAUUCGUUGAAGGGGGUUUUAAAUUGAUGAAUGUCUUAGAAACAACUGAUAAUAAGCCUAUUGAAGUUGUGAAUCUUAUGCAUAGAUUCACUUUAGAUGUACUUGGAAAAGUCGUCUUUGAUUUUGACUUUAAUGUAUGUAUAAACAAAUUCUUCUAUCCAAAUAAUAUUUAUGUAACAACAUAUAAUGAAGUUCAGGACUUACUCAAAGACCCUUUGUUUAAUCUUCUCCCAUUAGAUCGCAUUCCUUACUUUAAAAAUAAACGUCUUAGAAAGGUUGAGAAAUUAGAAAAAUUAUUUGAUGACUUUAUUGAAAAGAAACAUAAAUCUAUAGCUGCUGGAAAAGUCAAUGGUGACCUUUUAGAACUUAUGAUAAAAGCUUGCAAUGAUGAUCCAGAUAAUCAAGGAUUAAAUGAUAUUGAAUUAAGACACAAUUUGGCAAUUUUUAUGGUUGCCGGUCAUGAUACAACUGCAAAUUCCUUAGCAACUAUUUUAUAUCUUUUGUCAAUUCAUAAAGAUGUUCAACAAAAAGCUCGAGAGGAGAUUUUGAGUGUGCUUGGCAGUGAUUUAACUCCGUCAGCAGAGCAACAUAAAGCAUUAAAGUACUUAAAUAUGAUUAUUUAUGAAAAUCUUAGAAUAUACCCUCCUGUCCCGUUUUUACCAUUUCGUAAAUUGGAAGAAGAUCUAAAAUAUAAAAAUCAUGUAAUUCCAGCAGGUACAGGUAUUGGACUCUUUGUAUAUGCAAUACAAAAUUCACCAAAAUUUUGGGAAAAUCCCGAAGAAUUUAUACCCGAAAGAUUUGAAAAUGAAAAGGAUAUAAAUGGAAGUUAUACUUGGUUACCCUUUGGUGCUGGAUCAAGAAUUAUUUGUUCCGAAUUGACAAAAAGUCAACAGAUUGAAAUGCAACGUCAUUGUGUCGCCUGCUUCAGAAUUCAAGGCAAAUUAGGUAAGCAUGAUUGGAUAAAAGAGGCAGAACUGAGAACAGAAGCUCUACCUGCGUCUUGA